CACUCUGAUCAAACCGUGCACUCGGGCGCCAACUAUCAACUGUACGUUUGUGCAAUUGGAUCCUACAGAGACGGGCAGGAUCCGGUCAGAACCCUUUCAAUUGAUGAUGUACACUUCGUCAGACAUCACCCUCUCCAUUCAAGCAUCCAUUUUUGGUAAUGACAGUGGGCCAAUUGCGGAAUCUUUGGGGGACGACCUGACAAGUGUUACACUCAGGAUCUCGAUACAUUGACCCGCGAUUCAGCGAAAAUGUUCAAUAUCCAAGUUCUGAUCCGGAAGAUCUGUUGAAUAUUCCCCGAUUAGCGAAGCGCCCCAACAUUCUUCAAACGUCAGCUGGGGGCGUGGGAAAUGUGCAGAACUUGCAGUUGACAAUGGUUCAAUAUACUGAAUAUCCGGGACCCUGGGCAAGCUUUUGGCCUGAUUUCAUUUCGAAGAGGAUUCAGGAACCGCGAACGGAAUACUUUUACCAACUGUAUUCGACAUCAUCUUUCACGGGAUUGAACGUCGAUCGCGGAAACAACGGGAAUCUUACUGCUAUCAUUCUGAACUCGGGCCCACGAUAUACGAUUGUUCAAAAAGAAAUCGGAACCCAGAAAGCCACUGACAUCAUCAACAGUAUAUCCGCUCCGUUCGGUCCCAUCACCUCCCUCCUCACCAUCUGUUUCGGACUGGGCAUGUAUAGAACACAUGGUCUAUUCCAGCAACGGUUACUUUCGCCACGUAAGUGGGUUAGCAGCCAAUAUACAAUUGUGACAAACUCGGUCAGUUCCCCUGAUAAGGUGAGCUUUGCGGAGUUGGAGGAACGGGUGAGGGCAUUGGAAGGAUUUCGGACAUUGCUCCGUCAAGAAAUUUUGCACAUCGACAAGCAUCUGCUCCGCCGGCAAUCUCAAGCUGUGGGCGUGGCAAAUGUUACCCUGAGCCAAUCACAGGGCACGAUAAAAUUUCCGAUGCCGGAUAUUCAAAAUGUCCCCCCCGCAACGACGAAGUAACAAUAUAUCAGGGACUUCGUCCCUCAAAAAGAAUACCCGACGGACUGCGCAGCGUCAUAUGGGCAGUUCUUCCUUCCCUAGUGUAUGUGUAGCACGAGGCGUUGCCACUUUUUGUAAUAGUAUGGACGACCAAAU